AUGAAUAUCCACCCUGUUCUGCUCUUCUGCUUCUUAUCAGUGCUGCAGGAUGGAAACAUUGGUCUCAUCAAUGCAGAAAUCCCAAUUUUUACAAGAACUGAAGGACAAAAUAUCACAGUUCAAUGUAACUUUACAGAGACUGGAAGCAAGAAGUACUUCUGUAAACACAUAUCUGACGACAGAAUUACUCCUGACUUGUAUAAUGACUGUGAUGGAGACGAACGCAUUCUUGAAAUGAAUGGUCACAGUGCUCAAAGAGGCAGAUACAGCAUGAGAUAUGAAACCAGACGUACAGGAAGUCGUCUGUAUGUGACCAUCACACAUCUGACCAAAUCUGACUCUGGACGUUACGGCUGUGGUUUGGACAUAUCUUUGUCAAAAGAUCCAUACCAGGAGUUUAAGAUCUUCGUCACAGAUGCUCCGUCCACUUCAAAACCAAAGUGGACUCCUAAACCUCUUUUAACAUCAGCUUCCACAACAACACAGAAUUUCAGAAGAAGCUCCACACCUUCAACAUUUUCUGCUCAAACCACCAACCAGUCUGAACAGAAGCAAACUGAGACAACAACAUCUGGAAGUUCAGGUAACAUCUUGUAUCCAGCUGUUACUCUGAUUGUGGUUGUUGUCCUGUUGGCUGUUUUUCUACCGCUCCUGUACAAGUGGAAGAAAAGAAGAAGUUCUAAUCACUUAAACAGCAGGGGCCGCGUAACCGACACAAACAUGGAGUCUGUCAUCUAUGACAAUUGUGCUCCAGUCUCCAAAUUGGAGGAGUGUGACUAUGAGAACAAUCCAUCCUCCACCUACGAGACCCUCAAUCCAACCACAAUGGCUGAUCAGACGUACUCCACACUGGGACAGCCAAUAUAA